CUAACUAUGUUAGGAUAUUGCCGCUUUUAUUAUAUAAAGGUUUCUCUCUGUCGUUGGGUUUUUAUCCUGAGGAAUAAACAAUCAGUAGUAUAUUUCUCUUGAAUUUAUUAAUUGUUUUAGGGUUUGUUUUCUAUGCUGCUGGAUGGAUCUCUGUUUCCUUUGUUGUACUAGAAUAUUAGUUUUUGCGUGUAGGAUCAGGCUAUUUCCAGGAGAAUGGGUGGCUUCAGCAGAGUUAGAUUGCCAGCUUGCUUGAUUCCUUCUGUGUGCAUAUUGAUAAGAGUUUGGAUAAGUCGCCCUUGAUUGUGGACGAUGGUGUUGUGGAUGGUGUUGUGGAAGCGAUAAGAGAGCAAGACAUACUGAAAUCACCGAGAUGCAAGAGGGACCCCGUUCCUCUGGAUCAACAGGCUCUGACCCCCCUGUUGUAGACCCGCCAUCCUCCCCAGUGCCAGAAUAUGUGUUCAAGCCACCAUCACGGCCGGACUUUGGCACCAUGGGCAGGACAAUCAAGCUCCAGGCCAACUUCUUCGAGAUGGAAAUCCCCAAACUGGAGGUCUACCAUUAUGACAUCGACAUCAAGCCUGAGAAAUGCCCCAGGAGGGUCAACCGUGAAAUUGUGGAGCACAUGGUCCAGCACUUUAAAACACAAAUCUUUGGUGAUCGAAAGCCAGUAUAUGACGGGAGGAAGAAUCUCUACACUGCCAUGCCCUUGCCCAUAGGCAGAGACAAAGUGGAGCUUGAGGUAACCAUUCCUGGUGAAGGCAAGGACCGCAGCUUCAAAGUUUCCAUCAAGUGGAUGUCCUGCGUUAGCCUGCAAGCGCUGCACGAGGCACUAUCAGGGCGGCUACCCAGCGUCCCCUUUGAGACUGUCCAAGCCUUGGAUGUGGUCAUGAGACAUUUGCCCUCUAUGAGGUAUACCCCGGUGGGCCGCUCUUUCUUCACUCCCUCAGAGGGAUGUUCGAACCCCCUCGGUGGUGGCAGAGAGGUGUGGUUUGGCUUUCACCAGUCUGUCAGGCCUUCCCUUUGGAAAAUGAUGCUCAACAUUGAUGUUUCUGCCACUGCAUUCUACAAAGCCCAGCCUGUAAUUGAGUUCAUGUGUGAGGUCUUAGAUUUCAAAAGCAUUGAAGAACAACAGAAGCCCUUAACAGACUCUCAACGAGUGAAAUUUACAAAGGAAAUCAAAGGCCUGAAGGUGGAGAUCACUCACUGUGGGCAGAUGAAGAGGAAGUACAGAGUGUGCAACGUGACCAGAAGACCAGCCAGCCACCAAACGUUCCCCCUGCAGCAGGAGAACGGCCAAACUAUUGAAUGCACAGUAGCACAGUACUUCAAAGACAAGUACAAGCUCAUUCUGAGAUACCCUCACCUUCCGUGUCUACAGGUGGGACAGGAGCAGAAGCACACCUACCUACCUCUAGAGGUGUGUAACAUAGUGGCAGGACAGCGCUGCAUCAAAAAGCUGACAGACAAUCAGACCUCCACUAUGAUUCGUGCCACAGCCCGAUCAGCUCCAGACCGCCAGGACGAGAUUAGUAAAUUGAUGAGAAGUGCCAAUUUCAACACUGACCCUUACGUUCGUGAAUUUGGAGUGAUGGUGAGGGAUGAGAUGACAGAAGUGAAUGGCCGUGUCCUUCAAGCACCUUCCAUUCUGUAUGGAGGCAGGAACAAAGCAAUAGCCACACCAAUCCAGGGAGUAUGGGACAUGAGGAACAAACAGUUCCACACUGGCAUUGAGAUCAAAGUGUGGGCCAUCGCCUGCUUUGCACCACAGAGGCAGUGCACUGAACUCCUGCUUAAAGCAUUCACAGAUCAGCUGAGGAAGAUCUCUAGGGAUGCAGGCAUGCCCAUCCAGGGUCAGCCUUGCUUCUGUAAGUACGCCCAGGGAGCGGACAGCGUGGAGCCCAUGUUCAGGCACCUCAAGUACACCUACCAGGGCCUCCAGUUGGUGGUCGUCAUCCUACCGGGGAAGACGCCCGUCUACGCUGAGGUAAAACGUGUUGGGGACACGGUACUUGGCAUGGCCACACAGUGUGUGCAGGUGAAGAAUGUUCAGAAGACAACACCUCAGACCCUCUCCAACCUCUGUCUGAAGAUCAACGUCAAGCUGGGCGGUGUCAAUAACAUCCUCCUCCCGCAGGGCAGGCCAUUGGUUUUCCAGCAGCCAGUGAUCUUCCUUGGUGCAGAUGUGACUCAUCCGCCUGCAGGAGAUGGAAAAAAGCCUUCCAUCGCUGCUGUCGUUGGUAGUAUGGAUGCCCAUCCCAGCAGAUACUGUGCCACAGUGCGGGUGCAGCAGCACCGUCAGGACAUCAUCCAGGACUUGGCCACCAUGGUGAGGGAGCUGCUUAUCCAAUUCUACAAGUCCACCCGCUUCAAGCCCACCAGAAUCAUCUACUACCGCGAUGGCAUCUCUGAGGGCCAAUUCAACCAGAUGCAGGUCCUUCAGCAUGAACUGCUGGCGAUCCGCGAGGCCUGCAUAAAACUAGAGAAGGACUACCAGCCUGGUAUCACUUUUGUGGUCGUGCAGAAGAGACACCACACAAGACUGUUCUGUAUGGACAGAAACGAGAGGGUUGGGAAGAGUGGCAACAUUCCGGCAGGCACCACAGUGGACACCAAAAUCACUCACCCAUCAGAAUUUGACUUCUACCUUUGCAGUCACGCUGGCAUUCAGGGUACCAGCAGGCCGUCUCAUUACCAUGUGCUCUGGGACGACAACCACUUCUCUUCAGAUGAACUGCAGGUCCUAACAUACCAGCUAUGCCACACUUAUGUACGCUGCACCCGAUCAGUUUCCAUCCCAGCACCAGCUUACUAUGCCCAUUUGGUGGCAUUCCGGGCUCGCUAUCAUUUGGUGGACAAAGAGCACGACAGUGCCGAGGGCAGUCAUACAUCAGGCCAGAGUAAUGGGCGUGACCAACAGGCCUUGGCCAAGGCCGUUCAGAUCCACCAGGACACCCUGCGCACCAUGUACUUUGCCUGAGAGCACACAACCCCAGGUUGCCAUGGAAAGGAGCAGUUGGCAUUGGUGGCUUUUCAAAAAUACAAGAGAGCACAGCCAACAGGCUUAAGAGCCUCUGUGUUCUGCACUUGCCAUUCAGAAAGCCGCGCCUGCCGAUCAAGAGGGAUUCUACCUAGCUAACCAGCAUUCAGCAUGUCGUCCUUGUGAAAUAUCCUAAUGCCUUUUUUAAAUGUUAACGAAAGAGUGAAACUCGUAGGUGGAUUGCCUUUGUACAGUGAUGGGGAGAACGGUGCUUUAUGCAAAACAAACUGACAGGUGUUGAAAAGAGCUCAUUAGCUUUCAACAAUAAGAUUUCUGUAGAGGGGAGGAUGCCAAAAUGUUGUGUGAGGAUGAAGUGUGCAGGAAGGUUUGACGGUCUCAGUCCCUGUUCAAGAUGUGCAUAGAACAUGAAUGCUUAAAGUAAGGCCUCUUUAUGUGUCAGACACCCACAUAGACUAUAGCCUACCUAUCUAGAUUCAGAAAAUGUUUUUCCUUUUUACAUAAAUCUGCAUGAUCAUGAUAAGCUAAAUCAAGAAUGAGUAUGGAACAAAUUAAUAAACACACCAGCCUGGAUGGCUGGCUUAGGCGUUCAAAACCCCUGCAGUGGUAACUCUAAUGACAUUACUUCAUCCCACUUUGGCUGUUUUUUCGUAUCUUUUCAAGUGUCCAAAACUAGGACAAAGCAGGUUGUUGAAAUGGUUUGUAAACUAAAUGGCAUAUCAUAAGCUAAUUGAAUUGAUUCAGUAAUAUUAUUUUCUCGAUACCAGGUUUUUUUUCUUUCUUUUUGUAAGUAUGUUUAAAUGUAGGGUUGAAAGAGGUUGAGAUAAAAUUCCUCCCAGGUGUAACGAUCAGCCUGUUCACAUGUUUUGGCUUUUGAAUGGUCUUGGAAUAAAAUAAAGCCCGGCUUCCAAUGAAGCAACAACCUAUACAUCAGUUUAUUUCAAAACAUGACCCUCUGUAUAGUAAUGUCUCACCUCCCUGCCUCUCAUCCGUCUCUUGUAGAGAAACUAUUACUGACAUAAAGAAAUCUCUUGUAGAGUAGAACCUAUUUUCCUAGCUCCAAAUGAUAACAAUGAAUGUACUUAAAGUAGAGCCUGCAUGGUUUGUAAUAUUAUAUAGGCUAUCCAUCCAGUGCAUUUAUAUUCAUGUUUGCUUCUUGUGUACAGCCUUUUCUUUUUUGGUGUUUUUCUCUUAUUUAUAGGCUUUAAUAAUUGCCGAAAGUACUCUGUUUUGUUCUUUAAUACUCCAUUGAUUUAGAUAUUGCCCACAUCACAGCUGAUAUCAUUAAUCGUUUCACUGAUAAACAGGAGGUAUACAAGUCUACAGUUGAGAUGUCAUUCUCUGGAUGUUUGCUACUGUAGUUUUAGGAGGCAAACGUUUCUCACUGUUGCAAAGAGUAGUCCUCUUUCUGUUUCUGGCGUCAUGCUUGUGUGAGGUGCUGUAACAUACGAGUGUGUAUAUAUGAUGGUUGCUUUGGUGCGUGAUCUCGUUUGCUGUUAGAUUUUUUUUGGGGCUUUUGCUUAAGCCCUCCGGUCUGAUAUUCCUGUCCUGUAAAAUCCUCACCACAGUUCAGCUCACUAACUCAUUAGUGCAGUCAGUGCCACUUGAAAGCAAGAAGCUAAGGUUUUUGUUUGAGUGUUGCUUGUGUUCUUACUUUUGUUGAUUGUAUUGCUACACAGCUUUUUCCCCCCAGAUUUUAACUAGUACACUUAUGAAUUUCCUCUUCCUAUUCCUAGAUAAACCUCUCUGAAGCCUCACUUUGUCCUUGAUCAUGCUAAUGUCCACCCAAUUACCUGUAGCCAUGUGACACUGGUGCGGUGUCCUCAAGGUCUUUGCAGUUAACGUUUGCCUAUGUUAUUGUUUUUAGCUACAAGUCUGAAUUAUUGAGUAUAAAUUUGAAUGGGGUAGUGGACCUGAGGGAAGUACCAUUACGCUCACGUCCACUGGAUGCAGCUACGUCGCAUUUUGGUUGUCAUGUCCGGUAUUAGUCUCGGCUUCGAUGUUUUCCUCUAAUGCCACUAACGGGUCAAAGUUUUCACUCAUCCAGUAACAAAUCUCAGCAUCUACUUCAUGGGUUGGACCAAAAACAUACAAAAAUUCAUUGUUCCCCAGACAAGGAUUUUGGUGUGCCCUCAACUUUUCAUCUCGUAUCAAAACUUAAAUUUGUCCAAUACUGUGGUUUAUGACCAAAUACAUGCAAAACAAAUGACUUUCCCGUCAGCCUCAGCUGUACUUGUGUAUUAAGUUCUAAUUGUGAAGACCGGAUAUUAUAUACCAGGUAUUAUAUUUGCCAGUAAAUAUAGCCAUGUAUAGUGAGAAUAGGAACCGAUGAUCUCUGGCAGACGCAGCUGAGGCAGAAUGUGUUUUAACUGCGUCCGGUGGACGUUUGGAGUUAGGCUUGGGGGCUGUAGGUAAUCUGACCUUGACUGAGUAGAGCUGUUACCGAGCUUCACCAAUCCAAUCCAGUGCCAUCCAGUUGAUCUACAUGUAUCCAAUCAUGCAUGACUCGUGGGUAUUUUUGUAUUUUCAAAGCAUUUCUAGUCUUCAUAAUGACUUGGCUUUUUAUUUACCAACUUGGAAAAAACUACCUCAGAGCAGUGUCAGGUGCUAGGUAAUAUUAGCCCUCAUUUAUAAUAAUGGUAACAAAAUCAAAAAUUGUUGUGACCAAACCAAUACAAGCCAAUAUCGUGUGAGAGCACUGUUCUUUUCUUGAACCUUAAUAAAUGGAAAACCAAGUAAUCAUGUAUGACUAGUUGGUUGCUUUAGUUGGUUACAUGUUAGGGGACCAAUUUUUUGUAAUUGGGAGUCUCAUUGUUUCAUGUGAGUCCUUUUAUUUUUCAAAAGAUGGCGACAAAAACAACCCAGCACAACCUAGGACUCAUUGAUGUGGUGAAAUUCAUGACUGGAUCAUUUGUUGACAAAUGUGCCAUCAUAAAGUAAUUGCUAUUCACUUUGACAAUGUGUUGCCAGUAAAAUGUUGGUGAUAUUGAGGAAUGUUUGUAGCGGCAGUGAAGGUUUGUUGGAAAGAUGUAUGUGCAGCAAUAAUGUCGGUGUGUGGGCUGUGGGUCAUGGUAAUUAGUUUGUCUUUACGCCAGUCUGUCCUCUUUACGCAGGUCAAGACGAGGCUCAAUACACAUUUUGGACUUUUAGUUAGCAGGACAAUACUUUGCAAAUGGCUAGAUUAAUUUGUGUCAAUAUUUGGAACCAUCCUCUUCAGUUUUUGUUUUAACAGAAUGUUGAAAUGUUAAGGUUUCAUACUGGAUAGAGCCACUCCACGUGAUCAAAUGCUUACAUGUCUCUGCCGUGUUAACCCAGUACUGCAAUAAAAUCAGGGUGGAUGUCCCUGUCUCCUACUCAGUUCAUUUCUGCUUCUCCUACGAUUAGCCAGACUCAACCGCAUUUUUGUUAAGGGUAUAAGAUGUAGUUUUGCAUGCGACAAUUUACAAAGGGAAUAUACACAUUUGAACAUCUUUACAAUGUAGCAGAACAUUAUAGACUUCAACGAAAGGUACAUAUGAGGCUGUGUGGCAGUUAACUACAGAUAGUUGUAAUUUAGUCCAAACUGAAAGUGUUUGUAGUCGUUUUGUGUGCCUUUUGUCAGAUCUCUCUCUUCUCCAUCUGCCCCAACAUUGGGUUUGUGAGUCCUUUCAACACAAUGGUUUUGACAAAAAGUGCUGCGCCACAUAUAAAAAUAAUUUCCAUUUUUAAUUAUCAUGCAACCUUGCGUGUAGAUGCUGCAUAGAAUGAUCAGUAUUUGUGUUUUGCACUUUCAAAGCAGUCUCAAAAAAAGAAAUGCCCCUCUUGAGGUUGGGCAGAAAGUAAAAUGAAAUAACUGACGAGGUAUUUUAUGCUUAUCAAUAGGAAUUAUAAGGAAUAAUAUGACUUUGAAGAGCUUUUCUAAAAAGGUUGAUAUAUCUAUAUAUAUAUUCAUGAAGUACCUCAUAAGCCUGAUAUAUGCUGCAUUGACUUUUUUCUGUAGUGUACUUCAUUUUGUCCAUUAAGAUUUUUAAUUUUCCCCUUUUGGGAGGUUUGAAUGUCACUACAGGCUGUGCACAGGCCACAACCAGUACAUCUGACAGAGUUCUGUUGGAAUAAAGGAGUUUGUUACACCUUGUGGCCAAAUGAUGAUGUCAUUUAUGCAAUUUCUACGCAAAUCUCAUCAGAAUAUUUCUCACUUGUAGCCACAUCAUAUUUCUGUGCUCUGUCGUAUUGUUUUUGCAUUUUCUGUGUCUGUGUAGCCAAAAAAUAUCGGGUUAAGUUGACGAAGUGUGUGGUAUAACACGACUGUUGACUCAGGUAUUGUCGUGAAAGGGCUGUAUCUGCUUACUGUGUCCCUGUCCCAACGCCCCCCCUCCUUCUGCACCUUUGUCUUAAAAUAGCCUUAGAUCUACAUGUGAUGUUCCUAUUUGGCCUUAAAAGUUGAACAAAUUAUGCACUACAAUUUCACAGACUUGACAGAGCGCUCGAUUCCCGUUCAGACACAUUUCUUGAAGAGUUUGCGUCGCAUCAUUGCCGUGUUAUCUACCUCCUAUGAAUGUAGGGGCUGUCCUGGAGUUGUAGUCGACUGCAAAACUUUUGCUUUUCUUGCUCAUUAAGGAAAACAGACAAUCAUCUGUAGUUUCUUAAAAAAUAU